CAGCGCAGUCAGCCUUACGUUGCAUACACAGAGCCAUGACAGCAAUCCCGCAGCUUUGCCUCAUCAGCGUGAUGAGAAAUUAUGGAAAUAGAUGUAGAACCAGCCACCAUGGGGGCUGGAUCCAUCACGCACAAAAUGGAUGGGCAGCUGGGGGCCAUACCCCUCAUCCCCUCCUCAGCUUCUAUCGAUAGUGCUGGCUUGAAUUGGCUCAAAUAUGCCAUUGGCCCUCCUCAAGUGGACUCCACAUCGCCUUGUAGGUUUUCUUACAUUGUGAUCAUGGACUCACAGCUCUGGCUUGACGUUUUCUCCAACUUCAGAUAUGCCGUUGGCGUAUUUCUUCUGCUAUCUUUGUUUCUCUGGAAGUUGGUGAAAAUAUUCAGUAACGAUAACCAGUCAAAAAAGAGAUCAUUCAAGUCAUGGCUGUCCGGUUAUUCUUAUAUUAUUUCCGCUCCAGAAAUCCUUCAAUCGGGGUUUGAAAAGGCCGGCAAACGGCCAUACACAAUUUCUACUCCAGAGCAUGACCAGGUCAUGCUUUCUUCAGAGAAGGAUGUUGCAGAGCUCCUUGCAGUAUCCGAAGAGAUUCUAUCCCUUCAUGCAGCAGCAAACGAUCUAUUUCGGCCGAAAUAUACCAUGGGAGGCUUUGAGCUCCACGACAACCCCAAGGACAACGAGCCGAACAUUCAUCUGCGUGUCAUUCGAGUAAUCCUGCCAUCCUAUUUCCCGAUUCUGCAGCCAAUUCUGGAGCAGAAAAUAAGGGAUACCUUUGCGCAUGAAUUGAUUUCAAAAGCUGGAACAGAGUGGAAAAGUAUGAAGGCAUUUAGCGGAAUUAAACGGAUUGUUGCUGCAGUUAACAGCGUAUUAUUUGUUGGAGAACCGCUUGCUAGCAAUCCGACAUUUGUCGACGCCGCCUUGCAAUUUCCAAAUGACGCGUUCACAACUGCAGAGGUGAUUAGAAUGCUGCCGGCUGUUCUAUCAGCACCGAUAUCCGCCCUUAUGACCAGGCGAAGCGCUGCAAUCAAGACAAUGCGAAAUUUUCUCUUCCCGCUUGUUGAAGAGCGCAUCUCAAAAUAUCCCCGAGAUACAGAUGCUGCAGAGAAACCGCUGGAUUGUGUACAAUGGCUUAUUGACUCAAUUCCAAAAGACCGACCGUGGCCAACAGAGAAAAUAGUUGCAAAGAUAUGUGCCCUUUGGUUUGGCUCAGUACAUCAACUAGCCAUGACCCUUACCUUUGCAUUGUAUGAUUUGGGCACUUACCCUGAAUAUGUGGACCCUUUGCGAAAAGAACUUGAAAUGCACAACACCGAAUCUGAACUUUCCUCGUUGAAAGAAAGAUGGCGUGCGUUCGAUCGAUUGCCUGUGCUUGAUAGCUUCCUCAAGGAGUCGGCCCGCCUCCACCCGUCUGACUGCAUCUCGGUUCGCCGAAAAGCACUGACGCCGCACAUGUUUACAAGCGGGACCCAUAUUCCCGAGGGUGCAUGGGCUUGUGUUCCUCAGGCAGCACUUCAGAAAGAUCCAAGUUACUACGCCAAUCCCGAAACAUUUGAUGCAUUCCGGUUCGUGUCUGCCCGAGGAGAUUCUGGAGACACUCAUACAAGGACGAGCAAUUUCACCGACGUUGCCUUACCGUUUCCAUUCUGGGGCAUGGGCAAGCGAGCAUGUCCGGGACGAUAUCAUGCUGCCUGGGUCCUGAAACUAGUUCUCGCACAUGUUGUUCUAAAUUACGACAUGAAAUUUUCUGAUGACAGGGCAUCGCGAUCGUUCAAGUGGCGCUCGGCGAUAGUACCUAGAUCGGACACAACAUUGCUCUUUAAAGCUCGAGGUCCGGAUGCACCGGGAACGUUGGAAGUUUAGAACGUGUAUAUGCCACACAGAAUAGCUAAUGAUUGGGCCUUCAUUGGCGGGCAAGUGCUUGGCUAGACAAAUGGGCCAGGAUCUCGAGCAUGUGGGCCGGUAAGGCGUGGAGGAAACUCUGAUUUCUGGCGCUAGGUAGCAGAUAU